GAUUAUAAUAUUACUUGGACUGACCAGAUUAUUGAUGAUUCCUUACCAAUAGUUGCUAAUACAACUGAUAAACCAACUAUUAGUUUCUUCAGUGAUAAUACUACACCUCCACCAGCUGUUCAAAACAUCUUUACGGAUAUAAAAAUUCAACAAGCACCAUUUUUAAUUCCACCAAUUUAUCCUGGUGCUCGAUUCAUAGUUUAUUGUAUUUUAGAAAAAGGCGUUGAAGCAUGUAAAGAAAUUACCUUGAGUGCAGGUUCUCAUGAUGGUCCUAUGAAGCUUUCUAUUCCAUUAGAUCCCGUAACCUUAAAAGGAUCAAAAAUACAUACACUUGCUGCCAGAAAACUUAUUCAAGAUAUGGAAGAUGGAAUUUCAUUUAUUCAUAAGCAUCCAAUAAAUGCGGAAAAAAGUUUACCAAACUCGCUUAUUCGUAAGAAAAUUGUAAAAUUGGAUAAUGAGUUAGUGGCAGAAGCCAAAAGUUUACCAGGCCAAAGAAUAGUCCCUGUUCCUACUACUGCUUAUUCAGCUUAUCCAGCUCCUACUUCAGCUGCUUAUUACUCAAGAUCAGCUGCUUAUUCUUCACCUCCUCCUCCUCCAGCUGCUAACUUUUAUUCAGAUGCUCCUCCAGCUGCUAAUUUUAGUUCAAUUCUAACUAAUUAUGUCUCUUCAUUUGAGACUCGUAAAGCUCCACGUUCUUAUUCUUCUGAAUCUAUAAAAUUUUUUUAUGGAUCAGUACCUCAAUUUCCAGGAGGUAGUGAUUCUGCUAUACAGGAUGCUAGUGUAUCAAAAACAUCCAGAGUAACAUCAUUUUCUUCAAGUCCAAUGCUUUCUAAUAGAAGUCGACUGUCUCAUCAGUCUUAUUCUAUGUCUUUGAAUGAGGAUGCGGGUUCAUUUGACUCAGAUUCUGAUUUAUAUCAUUUAUGUUGUGAAAAAUUAAGUGACUUUGUUGAGCUGGAUGAUUUUUUAUCCGACAACAACAAAAUUAAUAAUUCUUUCAAACAAGUUUUACCAGCUAUUUCUGUAAAAUCAAAACCUCCAAAGAUUGAAACUCUUUAUAAUUUUCUCAAUUUUCAAUCAUUUGAUGGUUCAUUUUUACCAUCUUCUAAAUUUUAUUCUUGGUUUGAUAAAAAAGAUUUUAAAGAUUUUGAAGUUAUUGGUGUUGAAAAUGAAAAAAUAUUAUGUUUGGCAUUAGCAAUGGUAUAUUUAGAAAUUAUAAUGUUUGAAGCAUUUAAAGAUGAAUGUGAGAUGUGUUAUGAAAAAGCAAAAAAAGCUUUAAAAAAAGAGGUUGGUGAUGAUGAGCAAAAGAUUAUUGAGAUUUUGAAAAAAUCUAAAGAAUGGGUUAAAAA